AUGGCGCCACAAAACAAAGCAUAUAAGCCAAGCCAUGACAUUAGACAAAGAAUUGCGGAAUACAUUAGCCCAAUCAUCAAGAAGAGCUCUCGCUCAAUCCAAGUAAGGCUUCCUCAGACGUUAGUAAGUUGGGGAAAAGUCAGGAUUAUGGGUGGGGACACGAUAGAAGUACAUUCAGAGCAUGCAAUUGAAAAUAAAAGAAGCAGAUCCUGGGUGAAGUAUGAACUACUUGGCGUGACAAAGGACCGGAAUAAUAAUGUUAUCGAUGAGAAUGCAGAGAUCUGUUACGGACGUUUGGAAUUAAUUCUUGAAUUCAACGUCCCUGGAGAUGAUUUCUGGGGCUUGUGGAAGCGGUCCCUUCGGCUGCUGGCUGUUGUGACUCCCUACAGAACAAACGGGAAAAAUGCAGCAACAACCCUCACGGUCUUCAGGGAAUCAGACAAGCGGGCAACAAUAGCGCUUGAUUUGCAGUCAAUCACAAAUGCCAUUGGAAGAAUAUAUCGAGAACAGAAGGGGUGGGCAAUUGUAGAUAGAAGUGACGAGUAUUCGCGGACUAUAUUUGUUCACGGAGGUGACCCUGAGGAACCUGAUGACGACGACGCUUUAUUAUAA